AUGGAAGUUAUAGAGCUCAUGGAUUUCGAUAUGCUUGAUGACAUCAACAAAGGUCCUAUAGAUGCUACGCAUCAAUCAUCCAAUCGUGGUGCAUAUGGCAACGAUGAAGAUAAGUAUCUCAUGGCUCAAAUUAUUGAAUCUCAUGCUGACACUUCACAUAAUAGUGUUAGGAUCCUUAAUGUUGAUUGUCCUUACACUGCUAAGGAUUUCAGGUCAGAAUGGGACGAUAUGUCAGCGUAUCAGGUCAAAAACUCAUGUUAA